UGCAAAAUGGACGCCUCUGCACUGCGGGCGAUGACGUCUUGCUUGGCAGCACGCGGGAGCUUGUGCUUCGAGCGUGCGAACACCUUUGCAUUCCGGUCGUGCACGAGCCCCCUGUUCUGGAAGAGAGCGCGACGUGGGAAGCCGCCUUUGUCACGAGUGUCGUGCGCAUGAUCGUGCCCGUACGGACGCUCCGCCGCCACGACGCUGGCACGUGGCACACGCAUGCCAUUAGCACAGCUCCUGACCGGCUGCACCAGCUGCGCUCGACCAUCUACGAGCUCUGUGAUGCAGAGGCCCGCAAGAGUUUCGAGCUGUAG